AUGUGCAACGUGGAGCCGGUUGACCGGAGCCGGCGGGGGGUCCGGGAGGAGGCUGUGUUCCGGUUAAAUCCCUCCGGAGACCAGCGAGGAGGCGAGCGGAGUCCCGAGGCUCUGAAGAGCCCGGAUGGAAGCAGCGGAGGAGCGACGCGGCUCCCUGUGGCGGCUCUCCGGCCUGUCUCGGCUGGACGCGACGCUACGGGGUCUCCGGCGUUGGACGCGUCACGUGCACGGGCUCAGCGACCAGGACCUGGGGCGUUCUGGGUCUCCGUCUGCGGACCCGAGGCGUUCUGGGUCUCCGUCUGCGGACCCGAGGCGUUCUGGGUCUCCGUCUGCGGACCCGAGGCGUCCUGGGUCUCCGUCUGCGGACCCGAGGCGUCCUGGGUCUCCGUCUGCGGACCCGAGGCGUUCUGGGUCUCCGUCUGCGGACCCGAGGCGUCCUGGGUCUCCGUCUGCGGACCCGAGGCGUUCUGGGUCUCCGUCUGCGGACCCGAGGCGUUCUGGGUCUCCGUCUGCGGACCCGAGGCGUUCUGGGUCUCCGUCUGCGGACCCGAGGCGUUCUGGGUCUCUCUCCGCCGCCUCCGUGUCGCGGGUCCUCGUGAGGGUUCGGAGUGGAGACGCGCUGCGCGUGAUGGUGCAAACAGGACGGCAGCAGCAGUUUCACGAGGAGAAGUUGAAGCUGGACCCCCAUGGAGAGUUUUUCUAAUGAGCCAGGACCAGGACCGCCUGGACCAGCACCAGGUGGUCACAGCGGGCGCGGACAGCCCCGGGCCGGGCGGCGGUGGGAGCCUGCGCGCGCUCAUCGCGUGCACGCUGCUGGGGAACGCGCUGGUGUGCGCCGCGGUCAUCAGGUUCCGCCACCUGCGCUCCGAGGUCAUGUCCGACCUGCUCGUGACGCCGUGGCGGGCGGUGUCCGAGGUGUCCGACCUCUGGCUCUUCGGCACCUGGGUGGCCUUCGACCUCAUGUGCUCCACCGCCUACCUGUGCAUCAUCAGCAUGGCCUACUGGGCCAUCUCCAACCCCUUCCGGUACGAGCGCGAGAUGACGCGCCGGUUCGCCUCCCUGAGGAUCGGGGCGGCCUGGACCCUCUCCGUCCUCGCCAGCCUGAACCGGACCUACGCCAUCUCCUCGUCCCUCAUCAGCUUCUACAUCCCCGUGGGGAUCAUGGUGGGCACGUACACAAGGGUCCUGAAGACCCUGUCCGUCAUCAUGGGGGUGUUCGUCUUCUGCUGGCUGCCGUUCUUUGUCCUGAACUGCGUGGUCCCCUUCUGCGAGCCGGACCCGGCGUGCGUCAGCGAGACCACCUUCAGCACCUUCGUGUGGUUCGGCUGGGCCAACUCGGCCCUGAACCCGGUGGUCUACGCCUUCUCCAGCAUCCUGGGCUGCGGCAGGUUCUGCUCCAGCUCCGCGGUGUCCUACCACCACGCAGGAGGAGAGGACUCCCACCACAACCACGUGCUGCGGUACGAGCGCGAGGCGGAGAUCUCCUUCGACAUGCUGCCCUUCAACUCCGACUGUUACAUCAUUCCGGGUCAGAUCCAGAACCGGGUUCUCCUGAUCCUAAAUCAGAUCUUAUGGACACACAGUUGA